CGCAUUUCCUUCCUUCCAAUUCAUUGCCUCCUCUUCAGUCGUCACCAUUUCCUUCUUCUUCUUCUUCUUCUUCCUUCGAUCUACCGACCAAUCAUUGACUCGCAAUCUUCUUCUUCUUCUUUCGUCGCUUCCUUUCUCAUCGUGAAUGGAAGCCUCUUCCUCAUCACCUUCUUCGUCGUCGUCGGUGACGGUGGCUACCGGUGAUAGAUUCAGACUUCAUGACCGCCUGGAGUUGCUGGAAUUUGCGGACAAGUACGUCGUCAAAUCCUUUGAAUCUCCAAAUCGAGGCUUCUCAAUCAGUCGUGAGGACGGAGACAUCCAGCCUCUCGACGGUGCGGAUGUUGAUCCUCCGGUCCGACCGUACCGAACCUCCACAAUCUACGGUGUGGCAGGAACUAUAAGAUUGGUUGCAGGAACUUAUAUUCUGGUAAUAACCUCUCAAAAGGAAGUGGGGGAGUUCCUUGGUUUUCCUGUUUUCCGGGUAAUGUCUAUGCAGUUUCUGCCCUGCAACGAGGCACUGAAAUUUUCCACUUCAGAAGAAAAGAGAGACGAGGCUUACUUCAUGAAUCUGUUGAGAAUUGUGGAAUCAACUCCUGGAUUGUAUUAUUCAUACGACACAGACAUAACAUUGAACUUACAGAGAAGAUGCAAAUUAACUGAUGGGUGGAUGGCUAAACCAAUCUGGAAGCAGGCAGACCCUCGAUUUGUUUGGAACCGUAAUCUAUUGGAGGAUCUCAUAGAGGCAAAGCUUGACGAAUUUGUUAUUCCUCUGCUCCAAGGAAAUAUCCUUUGUUACAGGACAAGAAUGUGGAGAAGAGGAGCUAACCUUCAAGGAGACACUGCUAAUUCUAUUGAAACCGAGCAAUUGUUGGAGACCGAAGGUUUCAGGUCAUCAUUUUUGCAGUUUCGAGGUUCAGUCCCUCUUCUUUGGGAGCAAAUUGUAGACUUAAGCUAUAAACCACGACUUAGAAUUAUUGACAAUGAGCAAACGCCGAAAGUUGUGGAGCGUCAUUUCCUUGAUCUUUCGCAACGAUACGGGGAUGUUGUGGCAGUUGAUUUGACUGAUAAACAUGGCGAUGAAGGUCUUCUAAGUGCUGCAUAUGCUAAUGAAAUGAAAACGCUUCCAAGUGUGAGGUAUUGCUCAUUUGACUUUCAUCAUUUCUGUAGCAACUCAAACUUUGACAAACUACAGAUUCUAUAUGAUCAGGUCUCAGAGGAUUUUGAAAAGCAAGGGUAAGAGUAAAGAAAAGCAAGGGUAGCAACUCAAUCUUGAUUCAUUAUUUGAAUAUAAAGAAUAGCUGGAGUCAUGGCUACCGGUAAUUCCACUGUUAACCAUUACUGUUCCAGCUGAGCAGAUACUUCCUAGUAGACGAUGCAGACGGGGAAAUACUAGAGGAACAGAAAGGUAUUAUCAGGUCAAAUUGCAUUGACUGCCUUGAUAGAACAAACGUCACUCAGAGUUUUCUUGCCCAAAAAUCUUUGACAAUACAGUUACGAAGAGUUGGUGUUCUUGGUCCGGAUGAGAGCUUUACCAAUUUUAACAAGGAGUAUGGGAAGUUCAGAACAUUGUGGGCUGAGCAAGGUGAUGAGAUAAGCCUUGGAUAUGCUGGAACUCAUGCCUUAAAAGGGGACCUUGUAAGAUAUGGAAAGCAAACUUUAGGUGGCAUGAUUAAAGAUGGGAUGAGUGCCCUUUCAAGAUACUACUUGAACAAUUUUCAGGAUGGAGUCCGACAGGAUGCUCUGGAUCUUAUAAGCGGCCGCUAUAGCGUGAGCAGACAAUCCCCUUCUCCAUUCCGGCUCAAUGGAUUUGAAUCUCUCUCUGUGUCUAACGGGCAGAGUGAACUCCCACAGUAUCUCCCAGUAGCAUCAGCCUUGCUCAUUGGAGGAUUGACAGUAACAUCUUUCACGCUCCAACAGGCGGGGAGAAAUGCACAGCAGUAUUUAUCGACAGUACUGUGGGCCGGGGUGACCGCCGGAGUAAUGGCGGCCGUGAAAGCAAAUGGGAGGCAGUUCUGUUCCAGGCCUCGCUUGUGUGGCCUUCUCUGAGAAAUAAACAAGGCAGAGGUAGCUAGCAGGAACCAAGGCACACGUCAUCUCUGCCAAAUGGUUAAAUGUUGUAUAGAAGCAAAAAUUGGAGAAUAAAAGGGCAUGUGGAAUAAGAACAUCCCAAUGUACGUUUGCUGUAUUAUUUCCUGGAACUCAGGCAGGGGUCAGAAACACUGAAAACUAGAGACGUCAUGGUUACGCUGUGGAGUUGGAGUGCUAAAUUUUGGGAAGGAGGAAGGGGCAGUUGGUGAACUGGGCUUCCAAAGCACGUACUCUUCAUUUAGUAUAAGUCGCCUUAAAAGGAAAGCUGAGAUUCAUUUGCCAUUUUUUAGGUAUGGGCUGAAUGAGAGGAAUGGUAUUUUAAGAGAAAAUAGUGGGUGGGGAAAAUAUGUUCAAAAAGGUUAGGUUAAUAAACUUAAUAUGCAAACUCAUUUUAUUAUGUAGAAUUUCAUAACUCAAUUCUAUCUAGUUAUUUGGUUCAUAUGAUUUAGGGAUUUUUGGACAGCUAGUGUGGUUUUGGAGAGCUGAAAAUGAACUUGCCCGGAUUAUCAUGUGAUACUUUAAGAAAUUUUUACAACUUCUCAUUGAUUUUCAAUGAAUCAUAUUUCAUUAA